UCUCUCAUGGCAAAAUCCUUAUGUGUGAGAAGGUCCCACACAUGCUUUGGCACACAGACCGUUUCCACCAAAGAUCUCAGAGCAUAGCACUCUAAAAUAUUUGUUUUUCAAUGUAGCGUUUGUGUGAAUGACAACAAAACCCAUUGUUCUGCCACUCUACUUAGCAACCCUCCAGAGGGGAGACUAUGGCAACUCACAAAACUUAAUUUCUCCAUAGAUCAAGCCAGACAACAGAGUAGGUAAGACCAUUUAGAGUGUGUAAAAAGCAAAUGUGACAAGAAAGUGUUUGUUUGGAUUUGUUGAGGUGACGAUCUGUUGAGGUGAACUGUCUACUUCUGUGGUAAAUGACUUGGUAUAAAAAUGCCCAGGACUCAAUUUGGCACGGAGAACGCCCUGCUGUGGCUGGUCUGCUGCUCUAUCCUGACAAGAAGGAGAAGAUGGAGACCACAAGCGAGAGGGCUUUCUGUCCGAGACCUGUCGCAGAGAGGCAGCAGAGGACAGAGAAGAAGAACAUGCUUCAGUCCAGCAUCCAGCUUGAAGGUGAGCACAGCUUCACGACAACUCACCGUGAGGAUUUCCGGGUCGAGGACUUCCAGCCGUAUUCACCUCUAGCGUUACGGCAGAAAACGCCAAGAUGGGAGAGGAGAGGCAUGACAAAGGAAAUGGAGCAUGUCACCUUUUAUCAGCAGGACUUUCCACCCCCUCUGCACACACUUCGAAAGGCAACCCCUGCGGUUCCCCACCCUGAUAACCUUGGCAUAAACCCCUCUCUCAGGGGUGAGUUCCUAACGAUCCAAAAGGAGACUUACCCUGGUUGGGCCGUAACGGAGGCCAGCAGACCACACCAGAGGCACAUACUCAGUCCUGGCACUCCACCUCCUGGUGGACAUGAGGUCAAGACACCCGCUCGGACAGAAGAGAAUAUUCCACACACAGGAUCGAAGGCUCCACAGAGCAAAACUGUCAGUGUGCAAACAUGAAAAAAAGGGUUAUUUGCAUAGGUGACUUCUAACAAAAUUGACAUUAGCAAUGUAUAAAUUGAAAAGCACAUUAGAAUAAAUUAUUAUAAAACUACACCUUCCAGAUACUGCAGUAUUUCAAUGUGAGAGCAUCUCACACUACUGGCUCACUUCUGUCAAGGGAGCACAAAAGAAAAGAAUCAAGUGAGGAUCCUACUCAUUUCUUCAAAUUAGUGACAUUGGGCAAAAACAUGACAUAUUUUCUUAAAAUGUUUAUCAUUUUUUUUCCCGAUAGGAUUUCAGCUGCUCAACAGUGUGGAGUCCUCUUAAUUGUGUUUUUUGAUCCAUGAUGCACUAAAUGUGACAGGUCUGGACUGCAGGCAGGCAUUUUAGCACAUGGGCUUCGACUAUGGAGCCAUACUGCUGUAAUAUGUGCUGACAGAGUGCAGUUUGGCAUUGUUUUCCUGACAUAUUCCCGAAAAAGACAUGUGUAGAUGGCAGAACAUACCUUUAUUCAGCAUUAAUUGUGUCUUUUCAGAUAUGUAAGCUGCCCAAACCAAAACCCUGUUGAAUGGCCCUGCUCCACUUAAGUCCAGAAGGUUUCGGAGUCCAUGCAGAGUCCAGAAAGAAUGACACAUGAUAGGUAUAAGCACAGGACAGUUUUCCACUUCACCUAUAAGUACAUUUUAAAUGAGCUUGGACAAAUAAGAUGGCAGUAUUUCUGGAUCAUGUCUGAAUCUUCUCUGCAUGGUAUAGGCUAGAGUUUGAACCAUAUUCAUAAACAAUGGUGAUCGGAAGUUUUUCUAAGCCCAUGCAAAGAUUUUCAUUACAGCAACAGAUAUGUUUUUAAUGCACUGCCAUCUGAGGCCCCGAAGAUUACAGCCAUCCAAUAUUGUUUUUCGGCCCUGUAUAUUUAAAUGGUAUAUUUGAUUCGGCCCUGUAUAUUUAAAUGGUAUGAGUGAUGAAUACCUCUGCAUCUCCAUAUCUGGUACUCUCCGAGAUAUCCUUUUAUAUCCAAUUAUGGUUCCAGUUAACCUAAUUAGUUGUAAGAUGUUCUUCCUUGUGUUUUCUUAAGCAUUAAACAACAUUGCCUUUGUCCCAACAUUUUUGAGACAUGUUGCUAGCAUCAAAUUCAAAAUAAACAUAUUUUUCAUAUAAAAUACAAUUUAUCAGCUCCAA